GUUAAUUAUGAGUCAUUUUUUCUUGCAAUUUUAUAAAGAAAAAAAUAAGAGUAAUACAUAAUUAAUUUAAUAAAUAAAAAAAGUUAUAACCAAGAAGAUUCAAGAAAGCAACCAUGAACACAACAACUCAGUACAAAAGAGACACACCAAUUCGUGCCUGCCAUAAGCAAAAUGGCCCAUUUCGUGUGUGCAUGCAUUGAGUUGGUCCAUUUCGUGUGCUUCGUAUAUGAAUUCCACUAUUUCGUGUGUGUCAUAGGUGAGGUCUCCCAUCUCAUGCCUGCUACAGAAGGUCUGCUACAGAAGAUAUAGCCCGUGUCAGACCCAAUGCACCAUUUCGUGUUCACCAUGCUUGACUUGCUGCCUAGAACCAUUUCGUGGCUGACCCAAGCAAAAUGGCCGUGCGUAUUUGAGGAGAAAAAUCAAACGAACUCUUUUUUCAACGGCUUAUGAUGUUAUGAAGAAAUGGAUCGAAUAUCUGCUCUGCCAAAACCUAUACUUCAUGACAUUCUUGCAAGGUUGCCAGAAAAAGAUGCUGCCAGGACUAGUGUUUUGUCAAAUGAAUGGAGAGACACAUGGUAUUCAUUUCCCAUAUUUUCCAUUUGCGACAAAAUUAUUAUUGGUUCUUAUAGUCCUCAGAUAAUUAGCAAACUAGACAUACUAAUUGGCUAUGUAAUGAGAAGAUUGUUGAAGCUUCGUGAGCAAAGCUUGACAAUAAAAGUAUUUAAGCUCGAUAUUAUGCCAGAACACAAUAAGUAUAUGUCCCAUCAUUUUGAUCUUUGGAUGAACAUGGUUAGCGAAAAUCGUGUGGAAGUACUUGAGCUUUGCCUCCUCUACUCUGCCACCUAUCAUGGACCUGAUUGGAGAGCAUAUCGAUAUGAUCGACAAUAUGACUUACCACAUUGUGUCUUUGAAGUUAAAUCGCUUACUAAGUUGGUGUUGAAAGGAAAAAUAAGACUUAACCAGUCAUUCUUCAAUCAUUCUAUCAAGUUAUUUUCACUGAGAACACUAUGUUUACGUGAGCUACUCCUUGAAGAUAAAGGAAUUAUUGAGCAUCUCAUUUCUCACUGUCCCCUGCUUGAAGAUUUAACUGUAUAUUGUUGUUUAGCAUAUUACAGGAAGAAUCCAUUUGGGAGCAUAAAGUUUGUGGAAGUAAAAUUUGUUGAAUCAUUAUUCCUGCAUGGUCUACAAAAGCUAAAGGUAGCUGAUAUUCAAGGAAUACAAGAGGUAUAUAUUGAUGCUCCAAAUCUUGAGAACUUACGUUAUGUUCCUUUCUAUCAAUUAGAAUCUCCUUUCAAGGUGAAUUUAGACAGUUUCACAAGAUUGAGAUGUUUGUGUCUGUGGAAUACUGAUGUUACAGACAAGUGGUUAUUUGAUCUAUCUCAUAAAUUCCCUUUCCUUGAGCAUUUGGAAUUGUGUUCUUGCCCUAUGUUAAAGAGAAUUAAUAUUUCAAGUGCUCGACUCAUGAUCUUGAAGUUUUCAAAUGACUCUGACGUGAAGGAGGUGAAUAUUGAUGCUCCAAAUUUAUUAUCAUUUUACUAUUGCGGAGAUGACAGAGCUAUUAUAUCUUUCCUAACAAGUUCUGAUCAUUUGGUAUUCGAUGCUUCUCCUGCCCAUGAUUCUAGGCAUGGUUAUUAUAGCUUGAGGGAAUUUAUCCAAAACAUUAAACCACAAAAGGUUUUGGCAUCACUCUCCCUCUCUGUCUAUCAUUCGAAUGGGAUUGAACAGAAUUGUCUGAGUAUACAGCAAGUUUCAUCCAUUCCUCCUAGUAUCAAAUGCUUGGAAUUGGACUCUUCUCCAAAUGAGGAUGAGGAUCUUUAUUUCCAUUAUAUGAAUUGGUUGCUCUCUUGUUGCUGUCCAAAAACUAUUUCAUUCUUCUUUCAGUAUGAUUAUGGCAUGAAACUAUUCAUUGUGGUAUGCUUAUUAGUUUUUUCGUCAUAUCAGAAUUGGUUCGCCAUUAAUGUUUUUAUAAUAUUUUCGUAAACCACUCACAACCCUGUAUCAAUCAAGGUUCUGAAAAAUUAGAUAGUUCAUUAUUGAAUCGGUAAAACUGCAUGUUUAAAUAUUUAAUUGAAGUUUAAUCAGAAUUG